AUGGAUGGAGAGAAGCAGGCUACGGAUGGGGGAGUGUUAUUGUUGUUGUUGUUUUUUGGACUGAAGAGGUUGGACAGUGAGUUUGCUGGAUUGUCUUCGAGGAGCGUUGGUGUGGCUUUUUUUGUUGUUGGUUGGAUUGGAGAAUUAGAGCGGGCGAGUUUUGGUUAUUGGUGGACUGAAAGGGUGUUGGUGAUUGUUGACUUGAAAUCUUGUUGGUUAUUGUUGGAUUGGAAGAUUGUAGAGUGUGGCAAGUGCACGUAUAUCAAGGCGUCGCUCAUGGAGGAUUUCGAGGAGACACCCGGCAACAAGCCGCUACGAUUGCCCAAGAAGGCAGCACGAGUCAAAAAUAAGGCUCCAGCGGAUUUACAAAUAACAGCGGAGCAACUGCUGCGAGAGGCUAAGGAGCGUGAUUUGGAAAUCGUCGCGCCACCUCCGAAGACGAAAAUCUCGGAUCCUGAAGAAUUAGCGGAAUACCAGAGGAAACGGAGGAAGGAAUUUGAAGACAACAUCCGAAAAAAUCGUUCACAAAUAGCAAAUUGGGUAAAGUAUGCGAAAUGGGAAGAAAAUAUCGGCGAGCUUCAAAGGGCUCGUUCGGUGUUUGAACGCGCUUUGUCCAUGGAUCACCGCUCCAUCACCCUGUAUCUUCAGUAUGCCGAAAUGGAAAUGAGGUUGGUUUUUUUGCCUUUUUUUGGGCCUUUUUUUGCUUACCCAGCAUUAUCUUGCAAUUUUCUCACUCUAUAA